GGGCGGCGCGCUGCUCGAGCGGCGCUGGCGGGCGGCAGCUGUGGGCCGCGGUGAGGUGCAGCAGCCGGAUGGAGGUGCGGAGCUGUGCUGCUCUCGGAGUCCUGUCCGUCCGCCAGGGGAAGCUGCUGCUCCAGCGCUGCUGCUGCCCCGAUCCCUCGGACCUCGAGACCUUCUGCCCGCCCCCCACACGCACGGACGGGCGGUGCCGUGCACGCGGCUCUCGGGGGAGCCGCUGACUUUUGCCCUUCCAGGAAGGCACCAAAGUGUCACGGUGAAAAUGUCAACGUUAACAUCUUCCCGAAGAAAUACUUGGGAAAUGGCUCAGGAAGAGAUGGAAGUUGAUCUCCAACCAGUGGUGAACUACUCCCUAGAGAACCAGGGGACGCUUUCUGCAGAGCCCGCUGCUCACACGGCACUGUCCUCUCAGGUUGCAGCGCUCAGCAGCGGAGGAGGCAGCCCUAUCGUUCUUUCUGACGAUGAAGUUGUUGUCGUAUCGACUGCUGAUGCCGCAAGGGAAGCAGCUGCUGAUCCUGACCAGCAGGCGAAUCCUCCCUCAGCUCUCAUCGGACUGCUGAGGCUGCAGGGGGCGUCUGACCAGCACCAGCUGCUGCCUGGGCCUCAGGUUGUGCUGCGUCUGCGAGUACGAAGGGCUCGCAGGCAGCCAAGAGUCGGUGGUUCCCAGAGGACAGUCAGUGCCAGGGCAGCGUUGGACAGUUACUUUCAGAUCAGCAGGACACAGGAGCCAGCUACAAUACCAGGUUCACAUCUGGAGCCCUUGCAUACUGUGAGGAGCAGCCAAGAACACAGAUCACAAAUCACAGAACUGCAAUCAAGUGGCUCCGACAGCAGCACUUCUGAGGAGGAGGAAGAGGUGGAGGCUGCAGCACCGCUGCCUCCAGCAGCACAGCAGACACCUGCAGCAUCUAGCCCAGUUUCCAGUCAGGAUCAAGCAGAGCUGCCUCAAAUGCUGCCUCAAGCUCCCGCAGAACAUGGAAAUCGUGAAGAUGAAGAACUUGAAGCCCAGCAAAAGCAGAGAACUCCACUGAAGAAACAGGAGCCACCAAUUCCUGCUGCAGCACUGGAGGAGGAGGAGGGGGACACCUGUGCCAUCUGUUUUGAGCCAUGGACCAAUGCUGGGGAUCACCGUCUGUCAGCCCUGCGGUGUGGGCACCUCUUUGGUUACACUUGCAUUGACAGGUGGCUCAAGGGGCAGGCAGGGAAGUGCCCCCAGUGCAAUAAGAAAGCAAAACGUUCUGACAUCGUGGUCCUGUAUGCUCGGACUCUGAAGGCACUGGAUACCAGUGAGCAGGAACGCAUGAAGAGCUCUUUAGAAAAGGAGCAGAAGUUGCGGAGGCAGGCGGAGCUGGAAUCUGCACAGAGCCGGCUGCAGCUGCAGGUUCUGACAGAUGAAUGCAGCAAACUGCGUAAGCAAGUCCAGGAGCUGAAGGCUCUGAUGGCUCAGCACAAUGGCAGUGCUUCUAAACAACCCGGCAGCUCCCGCACCUGCUUCCCAGGUGGCCUCCCCUCCAGCCAGAGCCAGCGCAAGUACCACUUGGAGAAGGUUUUUGUGGUGUCUCAGGCUGGGAACUGCAGAGUGAUGGCCUACUGUGACUCGCUGAGCUGUCUCGUGGUAUCGCAGCCUUCUCCACAGUCCACUUUUAUUCCUGGGUGUGGUGUGAAGAUGAUGAGCGUGGCCAACCUGAAGAGCAGUCAGUACAUCCCCAUCCACAGCAAACAGAUCCGGGGGCUGGCUUUUGGCAGUCGUGCAGAUGGUUUGCUGCUGUCUGCUGCUCUGGACAACACUCUCAAACUCACCAGCUUGGCAACAAACACUGUGGUACAGACAUACAACACAGGCCGCCCUGUCUGGAGCUGCUGCUGGUGUCUCGAUGAUACAAAUUAUGUUUAUGCUGGGUUGGUCAACGGCUCCAUCAUGAUAUAUGAUCUGAGAGACACCAACUGCCAUGUCCAGGAACUAGUCCCUCAGAAGUCCAGGUGUCCCAUGGUAUCACUGUCUUAUCUGCCUCAAAUGGCCUCAGCCUCUUUGCCCUAUGGUGGCAUACUGGCUGGGACCUUGGAAGGGGCCUGUUUCUGGGAACGGAAAGCUGGAAACUCCUACCGGCCUCAUCACCUGCUGCUGGAGCCGGGUGGAUGCAUCGAUAUUCAAACAGAGACAACCACGCGGCACUGCCUCGCCACAUACAGGCCCAGUAAAAGUAACCCAUGUGUGCGUUGUGUCCUAAUGGAGCUGACCUGCAGCCCGCUGACAGAGGCCUCUGAAGAUGUGGUGUGCUCUUCUAACCCUGUUCAGACUUUCAGUGCUGGACCCACCUGCAAGCUGCUGACCAAGAAUGCCAUUUUCCAGAGCCCAGAGGAGGAUGGCAGCAUCUUUGUGUGUGCUGGUGAUGAGGCAUCUAAUUCUGCCAUGCUCUGGGAUGCUGGCAGUGGCUCCUUGCUGCAGAAAUUGCAGGCUGACCUGCCCGUACUGGACAUCUGCCCCAUGGAGGUGAACCAAACCCACCUGCUGGCUACUCUAACAGAGAAGGCAGUGAAGCUCUACAAGUGGCAGUGAGCAAGUCCCUGCAGUGCCCGCCCUGGAGGCUUCCCAUGUGUGCUGCUGAUGGACCCUACAGCGACAGCACAGUCCCACACUUGGUGUCCUGCAUGUGCUGCUUGCAGGAGGCAGGAGCUGCAGCAGUCAGGAACUGGGACGCAGAGGUGCCUGGGGUGCUUCCCGUCAUCCUCCAUCCUCCUUUUUCAGGUCUGUCAUUAUUUCUCCAUUGGUCAAUUUUCUACAGUCAAGCUCAGCAAGCUGCCUCAGCACAGCAAGAAUUCUUGGCCCGUCUCCAGCGUGUGUUGCUGCACUUUUUCCAGUGUGAAUAUAUUAGAGGGAUUUGCAGAUCUCUUCUACGAAUCAACAGAAUCAAAGGAACUUGAAGACCCGCGACUCCCACUGUACUCUCACAUGGAUUCUUGCUGUGAUUACUGGCUGAUGAGAAGCUGACAAUGCUGGCAUCUCACCAGCAUCGCUGAUGCUUGGUGUUAAAAGCAGGGUCACUACUUCAGGUCACAUAUCCCCAUGUUCUUUUCUUGAAGGCAGAGGGCAAAAGCAGUUAGCAGUUCCUGGGGAGGAGAGAUCCCAUGUUGUGGCCAUGAAGAGAGCAGGCUUGGAAUAUCUGCAGAGUUCUUUGUUUUCUCUCCCUGUGAGCACAUCUAUUUUUUGCACUGUAGCUGCCUAACCCUGUCCCCACCUCCCUCUCUCUUCCUCCUUCACCUGCCACCAACAUCCAAGCAAACUUGGGCAGCGUGGUUGUGGAAAAUGGAGGGGAGGAGCAGAUACUUGUACUGCUGGCUGCUGCAGUCUGUGUGUCCUUCCUUGAAGCACUGAUGCACUGCAACAGCCCGUACAAUGGAGGAGAAUGCUGUAGUGCUUCAGUGGGGCUGCCCACGGGGAUCAGCCCUGGCUGGUACAGUUGAUACUUGGCAUCUAUCCUGUGAAUAUGCUGCAGGGUGAGAAUGCCUGUUUCCAAAUCAGAUCACAGAACAGGACUUCAGUUUCCUUUCAUUUAUCAAAAGCAAAGCUGUGAGGAUGUUAGAGAAGCCCCAAAGCCAGUCCCUGUGUUGGCACCAUGUCACGGUAUCUGUCCUGGGCACAUGGAGCUCGCUACCAGAACAGUUUUGUUUCCUGGGACGUGCAAGGUAGGACCUGUUUGAGUCUGCUGAGAUCUCUGCUUAACUUUGUACAUUGAUGUCUAUUAUUUUAUUUUUCUAUGUUGUAAAAAUAAAGUGUUGAUAGUUAUCAAA